CCUAUAGAAAGAAAGAAAGAUUGGUGCAACACAUUUCCAUAAUGAUGACUACGAGCUUACCCCUCUCAAAGCCAAAGGGGCCCUCCCUUCCCCAUCGGCAUUGGCCAUUUCGGUGUCAUGGGUAGCUCUUUCACUGUGUUUAUAUUCCAUUGCAACUGAAAACAACAACGAAGAAACGAACACUGGAAACACGAUGGAAGCUGUGAAUCUGAAGAUUAGGUUUAGAGAUGAUGCCAAGCACUGGACCGAUGCGCUUCCCAUUGGAAAUGGACGGUUGGGAGCCAUGGUUUGGGGAGGCAUCUCUUCCGAAACUAUCCAGCUCAAUGAGGACACGCUCUGGACUGGGGCACCCGGAGACUAUACUAACACUAAAGCACCAGAAGCACUUUCACAAGUUAGAAACCUCGUUCAACGUCAACUCUAUCCUCAAGCUACUGCUGCAGCUUCUCACUUGACAGGAAAUCCUUCCGAGGCCUACCAACUUCUUGGUGAUAUCAAAUUGGAAUUUGAUUAUUCACAUCUUACAAGUUCUCAAGAAGAAACUUAUCAGAGAGAGCUAGACCUAGACACUGCAACAGUCAAAGUAAAAUAUUCCGUGGGAGAUGUAGAAUUCAAAAGGGAACACUUUGCCUCUUAUCCAAAUCAAGUCAUUGUCACAAAGAUUUCUGCUAGUAAACCUGCAAAACUAUCAUUUACAGUUUCUCUACAAAGCAAGUUGUUUAAUCAUACUUACAUAAAUGGCAAUAAUCAGAUUAUAAUGAAAGGAAGAUGUCCUGGUAAUAGGAUCUCACCGGAACUCAAUCCACAGGGAAUUCAAUUCUCGGCAAUUCUUCACUUGAAGAUUGGUGAUAGAAAUGGUGUGAUCAAUAUUUUGGAUGACAAGAACUUGAAGGUCGAGGCUUCAGAUUGGGCUGUUUUACUUCUUGUUGCUUCAUCUUCCUUCGGUGGGCCUUUUACUGCACCUUCGGAUUCUACAAAGGAACCUACUUCGGAGUGUUUGAGUACAUUGAACUCAAUAAGCAAUUUAUCGUAUUCUGAUCUUUAUGCUCGUCAUUUAAAUGACUAUCAGGAACUUUUUCACCGAGUAUCACUGCAGCUUAUGAGAAGUACGCAGAGUAUAUCAGAAGAAGAUGGGUCUUUGGAGUUAAAGAGGCUCACACCAUCUAUAGCUGGUUUGUGUGUCAUGGACAGUGCAAUAGUGGUUUCAACUUCAGAGAGGGUCAAAUCAUUUCGGACUGAUGAAGAUCCCUCCCUGGUGGAACUUCUAUUUCAAUAUGGUCGUUAUUUGCUCAUUUCUUGUUCACGCCCAGGAACUCAGGUGGCAAACCUACAGGGAAUUUGGAACAAAGAUCUUGAGCCAGCGUGGGAUGGAGCUCCCCACUUGAACAUCAAUGUGGAGAUGAACUAUUGGCCUUCUCUUCCUUGCAAUCUUAGCGAGUGUCAAGAACCCUUGUUUGAUUAUAUUUCCUUUCUGUCUGUGAACGGCAGAAAAACAGCAAAUGUGAACUACCAAGCAAGUGGUUGGGUGGCACAUAGUAAAUCAGAUAUAUGGGCGAGAACAUCAGCAGGUCAAGGUGAUGUUGUAUGGGCCUUGUGGCCAAUGGGUGGAGCAUGGCUUUGUACCCAUCUAUGGGAGCACUAUGCUUACACAAUGGAUGAGGAUUUCCUCAAAUAUAAAGCAUAUCCUUUAUUGGAAGGAUGCGUGUCAUUUCUGUUGAGCUGGCUGAUAGAAGGCAGUGAAGGAUAUCUUGAAACUAAUCCAUCAACUUCCCCCGAACAUAAUUUUAUCUCUCCCAACGGUGAGCCUGCUUGUGUAAGCCAGUCAUCAACAAUGGAUAUGGCAAUCGUAAAAGAAGUCUUUUCCAUAUUUCUUUCUGCUGCUGAGAUUAUGGGGAGAACAAAGGAUAAUAUUGUUGGAGAAGUUCGUGAAGCUCAACCAAGGCUACGUCCAACUAAUAUUGCAAGGGAUGGUUCCAUAAUGGAAUGGGUUAAAGAUUUCAAGGAUCCAGAUGUGCAUCAUCGGCACCUUUCUCAUCUAUUUGGUUUAUUCCCAGGGCAUACGAUUACUUCUAAGGAAACUCCAGCCCUUUUUGAAGCUGCUGAGAAAAGCCUUUAUAAACGAGGUGAGGAGGGUCCAGGAUGGUCAACUACAUGGAAAACUGCUUGCUGGGCACGUCUGCAUAACAGUUCUAAUGCAUAUAAGAUGAUCAAGCGCUUGAUCAACUUGGUGGAUCCAGAUCAUGAGAGACAAUUUGAAAGUGGACUUUACAGUAACUUAUUUGCUGCACACCCACCAUUUCAGAUCGAUGCCAACUUCGGUUUUUCAGCAGCAGUUGCAGAAAUGCUUGUUCAGAGUACAUUGGGCGAUCUUUUCUUACUUCCUGCCCUUCCCCUGGAGAAAUGGCCAAAUGGCUCUGUGAAAGGCUUGAAAGCUCGUGGAGGAACAACAGUUAGCAUAUGCUGGAGAGAAGGGGAUCUUCAUGAGGUUGGUCUUUGGUCCGAGGACCAAACAGGAACAACUUUAAGAAAAAGAAUACACUAUAGAGGAACCAUGGUCACCGCAAACUUAGUUUCCGGCGUCUUUUACAAGUUCAAUGGAAAGUUGAAGUGCUUAAAUACAUGCUCUCUUUCAAAAGUGGCUACUUCCUGAAUUUCGGGAUUUGAAGUAACAAUUCUUAUGUUUUCUUUUUCUUAGGAAAACCUCCUUUCUCAUGGUACUGACAACAGGUUUCCAGAUGUAAGUAAUUUCGUAAAACACCUUAGUAAUAUUUGUUUUCCAUCUAGCAUUUAGCACUUUCCUUUCAGAUAAUGUCCGAAUUUCACUUUGUAUAUUCGUAAUAGCCUAGUGCGGAACCAA